GCGCCGCCCCGCCCGUCUCCUCCUUCCCGUCCCGUCUCCUCCUUCCUGUCCUCCUCCCACGCGCUCUUCCCUCUCCCGCUCCCAUUCCCGCCCAACGCCUCCUUUACCACCUCCUUCCUCUUCACCGCGCCUCCCUCCGCGCGCCCCGCCUCCCGUCUCUCCUUCGUCAUCCUCCCCGACCCGCUCACCGCCGCCGCAGCGGAUGCGAGCGCGAGGGGGUUUCGGUGGUCGGGUGCGACGAUGAAGAUGGCGGCAAGCACGCCGGCUCGCCACGCAUUGCGAAAGAUGGAGGAUCUGAUCGGAUCAGUCGAGAUCGGGGAAGAGGCGGGCUCCCCGUGCGACGGUGGCUCACGGGAGCCGAAGGCGACACGGUGGACAAUGCGGGGUCGCCGGAUAGGAUGAGGUCGACGUGGUGGCAUCGGCGCUAGCAGGCAACGGCGGCGGAGGCGCGUACGAGCGCGGGGAGCGGCGGAGGCAAUGGGAUACGCAGGCGUGCAAGGCGCUCGUCGAGGAGGGCUACGAGGUGGUGCUCAUCAAUUCCUACCCGGCCACCAUCAUGACCGACCCUGACCUCGCCUACCGCACCUAUAUCGGCCCCAUGACGCCGCGGCUCGUCGAGCGCAUCAUCGCCUCCGUGUGUCCCGACGCGCUGCUCCCCACCAUGGGCGGACAGACAGCGCUCAUCCUCGCCGACUCGGGCGCGCUCGACCGCCUCGGGGUGCGCCUCAUCGGGGCCUCCCUGCCCGCCAUCCGCGCCGCUGAGGACCGCCAGCUAUUCAAGCUGGCCAUGGACCGCAUCGGGCUCAAGACGCCGCCCUCCGGCAUCGGCACCACGCUCGAGGAGUGCCUCGCCAUCGCAGAGGACAUUGGGGAGUUCCCGCUCAUCGUCUGCCCGACCUUCACGCUCGGCGGCACUGGCGGAGACAUCGCCUACAACAGGGCCGAGUUCGAGGACAUCUGCAGGGCGGGCCUCGCCGCGUCGCACACGCAGCAGGUGCUCGUGGAGAAGUCCCUGCUCGGGUGGAAGGAGUACGAGCUGGAGGUCUGCUCGAUUGAGAACAUCGACGACGCCUUGGGCGUGCACACGGGGGAUUCCAUCACGGUGGCACCUGCGCAGACGCUCACUAACAAGUGAGUGUCAUAGGCUCAGGGACACCUCCGUGGCCAUCAUCCGGGAGAUUGGUAUGGAGUGUGGUGGUUCCAAUGUGCAAUUCGCGGUGAACCCUGCAGACGGAGAGGUGAUGGUGAUUGAGAUGAAUCCCAGGGUGUCCAGGUCGUCUGCGCUUGCAUCAAAGGCCACAGGGUUUCCGAUAGCCAAAAUGGCCGCGAAGCUGUCAGUAGGUAAUACUUUGGACCAGAUUCCCAAUGAUAUCACGAGGAAGACUCCUGCGAGCUUUGAGCCCUCCAUUGAUUAUGUGGUCGCAAAGAUACCACGCUUUGCAUAUGAGAAGUUCCCUGGCUCUGAGCCAAUAUUAACCACACAGAUGAAGUAUAUUGGGGAGGCAAUGACAACAGCAGUAGUCAAACUCGAUGCCCUGGCCUAUGCGAUUAGGCCCACUACCUAAUAUCAACACCUUCUUCUUAUUGGUUGGAGCUGACUCACAUUCAUACUCAUAAGAAGAGUACAUGUAGGGGGUGUUGUCUUCAAACUAUGCAGCACAGGUAUCAACAUGCUUAUAUGUUGGAGCAACACCUAAUGCCAUCUGACAUCGCUCGAUGAAGAUGUCGUAAAUGCAAUCUGCUUGUCACUGAAACCCCUCCUCUUCACUUGAUAGAAAUCAUCUUUCAACAACUGAUCUAGGCUCCUUGAAAUAAGGAACCAUUUGUCAAUGAAGCUAAUUUCAUGGAUGUCUUCAACCCCAAUUGAAGGCGGAUUGGCUCCAUGCAGCGGAGGCAAGCGUGAGGGGGGUCCGGCCUAUUCGGUGGCCGGGUGCGAUGAUGAAGAUGGUGGCAAGCACGUCGGCUCGCCACACGUUGCGAAAUAUGUCGGAUCCUAUCGGACCCGUUGAGAUCGGGGAGGAGGCAGGCUCCGUGGCUCGUGGGAGCGGAGGCAACACAGUGGACGAUGCAGAGUCGCUGGAUCGGAUGAGGUCGACAGUGGGUCGAUCCUAUGACUGAUGUGGCAGCACGAGACGGUGCAACUGCGGGACAGCAACAAUAACUGAAUCGGUGAUUGUGACUUUGUGCUCUAGCGACGACAUCGGGAGGACUGUCGGCUUUGAUGUCGACAGUAGGAUUUUUGGUGUGGCAGUAGCCUUCAUGCUGCCUUUGUGUUGCUGUGUGUAUUGUAGUAUAGGGACGACUUCUGUGCUAGCGGCGGUGUAAUUUUUUAGUUUUAGCUUGUGGGCCCCACCAUAUGUAUGCCAUGUAUGUACUGCAUGUAUGUGUAUAUGUGUACAGAAAAUCUAGGGCAAACAAAAAUCCUAGUUUUCAUGUUGGGUAC